UACUUUGUUUCGUUCUUCGGUUCUUCCCCCGAGGGUGGGUGGUGGUCUCAAGUCUCUCCCCUUUUUUUUGUUUUGUUUUUAAAAUACUCGGUGCUACCACUUGUACGUCGGGAAUCUCUCUCUCUAUCUCUCUCUCUCUCUCUUAAGACUAUCUAUCUAUCUGAGUAACAGAGAGAGCCAUUUUCUCCUAAAUUCAGACCUCCUCUCUGAAUUCUUAUUGUUAUUACUAUUAAUUAACAAACACGGAGAUCAGAGUUUCGAAAUUGGAGGGCGGGUGGGAUAUGAGGGAGAGUAGAUCUGUCAUCUGAGUAGGCUUCAACCUUUUCCCAGCAUAUCUAUUAAGGGGUUAAUCAGUUCAUCAGCACAUUAGCAGCUCUCCUGCUUUGGUCAUCAGAGAUGGAUAGCUCUACAACAAUCUGAUUGGUUCUGAUUUUACCGCCGAUAUUCAAGUUUAACUGUAUAUUUCUUAUUUAUCUUUUGACCCAAAGGAAGAAAGAAUUCACGUGGAAUGUCUACCUUACUUAGAUAAAUGAAAAUUGUAUCAACCAAAGGAUGUUACUAGCCGCAACAACUCAGUAGUUCAUGGUCAGCAUUUAGACAGUGGCAUCAACACAAUGGACCCCAUCAACGGAGGAAACAGUCUCAAUAAUCCUAACCUUGCCUCAAAACAGCGACUGCGUUGGACACACGAGCUUCAUGAACGCUUUGUCGAUGCUGUGGCACAACUUGGCGGGCCAGAUCGUGCGACACCAAAAGGUGUUUUGAGAGUGAUGGGUGUACAAGGUUUAACCAUAUACCAUGUAAAAAGCCAUUUACAGAAAUAUCGACUUGCAAAAUACCUACCCGACUCCUCAUCUGAUGGAAAAAAAGCUGACAAGAAAGAACCUGGGGAUGUGCUUUCCAAUUUGGAUGGUUCAUCUGGAAUGCAAAUUACAGAAGCACUCAAGCUGCAGAUGGAGGUGCAGAAGCGACUACACGAGCAAUUAGAGGUACAGAGACAGCUGCAGUUACGGAUUGAAGCGCAAGGUAAAUACUUGAAGAAAAUUAUAGAAGAGCAACAACGACUUAGUGGAGUUCAUUCAGAAGCACCUGGCUCUGGGCACUUAGCUCGUUUGUCAGAUGACAAUUGCCCAGAAUCUGAUAACAAGACUGACCCGGCAACCCCUGCCCCAACCUCUGAGUGCCCCCUCGAAGACAAGGCUGCCAAGGAAUGUACACCAGCCAAGAGCCUUUCCAUUGAUGAAUCUUUCUCAUCUCGUCAUGAACCCUUGACUCCAGAUUCUGCUUGUCAUGUUGAUUCUCCAGCCGAGAGUCCAAAAGCAGAGGUGUCGAUGAAGAAGCGGCGAGUUAUCAUGGGCGAAGCAUUCACUGAUCCAGAAGUGGUGCUUACACACCAGAUACUAGAGUCGAGCUUAAACUCUUCAUAUCAGCAAGCACACACGACUUUCCUGCCUAGGGAGCAGUUUGAUCCCUCAUCCGGGAUUUCAUUCAGGAAUGAAAAAAUAUUGGAAAAAGUUGUGGGCAGUGACAUGUAGUUUAGUGUUCUGAGCAGCAUGCCCUGAAGGAGUUUCAUUUUGCCUUGAUGAGUUUUAUGGGAGGUACGUCUGUAACCAGGUGAAAGAAUGUUGCAAAUUACAUGUGUGCUGCAUUAGGUAGGUUCCAGCUUCAAACACGUCUAUGAACCGUGCCUUAUUUAAAUUGAGAGAAUUGUUGUGAACAAUGGUUGGAAUUAGUACUCCUCUGCAAUAUAAUUACCGUAGAGCUUGUUUGUGGCCAGAUAUUCUUUAGAAA